ACCACCUUCACAUCCACACCUUUCUUCAAACAUACCAAACUCUCUCUCCCUCUUCCCUCUUCUCUCUAGCCAAGUUAGAUUUCAAUAAGGUCAAAUCAUGGCGAUAAAGAAGUCGAACAAAGCGGCGUUGUCUCAAGCAGCAUCUCUAAAGCAAAUCUUGAAGAGGUGCUCAAGUCUAGGAAAGAAGAAUCAAGGUAAUUGCUACUUCAACGACGUGCCAAAAGGUCACUUCCCGGUCUACGUCGGUCAACACCGAAGUCGCUAUGUGGUCCCAAUCUCGUGGCUAGAUCAUCAUGAGUUCCAGUCACUCCUCCAACUAGCCGAGGAAGAGUUUGGUUUCGAGCACGAGAUGGGUCUCACUAUCCCUUGUGAUGAAGUCGUCUUUCGUUCUCUCAUCUCAAUGUUCAGAUAAUACUCGAUAUCGAGGACUGGUCUUCAUUAGCUCAACUGGUCAUUCUCUCAAGAAAUAUUCCCCUUUUAAGGAAGUAAGAGUUUGAUCACAUUGUCACACUCCAGACUCGGAAGAUCAAAUCCUCAAAGUUAUUACCAAGAAACAAGAAAUAAGGAAUAUAUGCAAUCUAUUAUUUAGGUUUUUUUUUUCUUUGCUAAGAAGACGGAAGCAAAUGGCGGGGAUCGCGUUAAGUAUCGACUCAAGAUUUGUGGCUAUAUUAAUAUACCUAACAGUUUUUUUUAAUUAACCACUCUUUUGGGAUUUUUUUUUCCUUCUAUAUAUUUUCGGUGCCUUCUUUUAUAUAUUUUAUUUUCAAAUAUUUUGUAUAUUAGUUUGGAUGGAAGACUUUUCCCUCAAGUCAACGUGUAUUGUUGACCGUUGGUUCUUGAGAGGAAUAGCUAGUUUUAUUUGUAUUAAUUUUUUAUUCAAGAAUUUUCAUUCUAAAACUGUUGUUAAUUAUUAUCUUCUAUAAAACCUUCAUAAGUUAAC